AAAAAAAAAAGGGUUUGUUUUCAGGCCUUUUGUCAGGAUUAAGUGCUCAUUGUUACAUUUUAAUAGGACCUGGCAACCCUGGACAAAUUUAGCCGCGCCCCCCAUUCUGUGUCCAGAUCACCCCGCAGGAACAUCGCCGGACCUGAAUAACUUAUUGGCCCCUACCGUCCACUCCUUCUGGACGUUCUGCCAGGCCUAGACGGUUUUGGCGAGGACUACAGUGGGGGUUGUUAGCUAGGUAGCUUGAAUAGCUAACGUUAGCUAUAGGCAUUUGGUAUGACAUGUGCCUGUGGUCCAAAUACCUUUGUGCUUGAUUGUGUUGCUAGCUAGCUACAGUAGCUAUUGAGUCACUCUCGGAUUUGGAGGGACAGUUAUUUACAACAACAUAGCUAGCUACGUGUCUUAUUAGUUAACGUUAAUGCUUUGUUACCAUAAUGUUAGCUUGCUAGCCAGUUUAUUGCUAGCUUGUGCCUGUAUGCCAAUAACUAGCUAGCCAUUGCUAACUUAUCCAGCCAUCUUACGUUAGCAAUUUAGCAAGGUGUUUUAGACCAGACUACAGACAGGUUAGCUUGGCUAGCUAAUCACCUCCUUGUCACCCUGUUUGAUUUGAUAGAUGCACAGGCUAGUUUGAAGGCUAGCUAGGCAGGCAGGUGGCUCUUUUGGAUUGUUUGAUCUGCCAACUGCAUUAAGUCACUCUUCUGGAGACGGCAAGUUGGGAUCAAUAAGCUUAACGCUGGUUACGAUAAAAAUUUUAUCUAGCAAUCAAAUUAUUAUCUAAAACAAAACAUGGCCCCCAAAAGAAGACCAGUGCCUCUAAACAUCACUCCCACUGGUGGUGAGGGAGGAUUGUCCACCUCUACGACCAUCACUGCUGCCUCAGGGGCUAACCUGGAGGCCCUACAGAAGAAGCUGGAAGAGUUGGAUCUGGAUGAGCAGCAGAAGAUGCGCUUGGAGGCUUUCCUUACCCAGAAAGCCAAAGUGGGCGAGCUGAAAGACGACGACUUCCACCGCAUCUGUGAGCUGGGCGCUGGCAACGGAGGCGUGGUGAACAAGGUGUGCCACAAACCCUCAGGCCUGGUCAUGGCCAGAAAGCUAAUCCAUCUGGAGAUCAAGCCAGCCAUCAGAAACCAGAUCAUCAGAGAGCUACAGUUGCUACAUGAGUGUAACUCACCCUACAUCGUUAGUUUCUACGGGUCCUUCUACAGCGAUGGAGAGAUCAGCAUCUGCAUGGAACAUAUGGAUGGGGGCUCCCUGGACCAGGUGCUGAAGGAGGCCAAGAGGAUCCCUGAGGAGAUCCUAGGGAAAGUCAGCAUCGCUGUUCUAAGAGGGUUAGCGUAUCUACGAGAAAAACACCAGAUCAUGCACAGAGACGUGAAGCCCUCUAACAUCCUGGUGAACUCUCGUGGGGAAAUCAAGCUGUGUGACUUUGGUGUGAGCGGCCAGCUCAUAGACUCCAUGGCCAACUCCUUCGUGGGAACACGCUCCUACAUGUCGCCGGAGCGAUUGCAGGGCACCCACUACUCUGUUCAAUCUGACGUGUGGAGUAUGGGUCUGUCUCUGGUGGAGCUGUCUAUCGGCCGGUACCCCAUCCCUCCUCCGGACGCCAAGGAGCUGGAGGCCAUCUUCGGACGGCCCGUCAUGGAUGGUGCCGAGGGAGACAUGCACAGCAGCAUCUCACCCCGACCCAGACCCCCCGGGGGCAGACCUGCCAGCGGCCAUGGUCCUGCGAUGGCCAUCUUUGAGCUGCUGGACUACAUUGUCAACGAGCCUCCCCCCAAACUGCCCCAUGGAGUAUUCACUUCUGAUUUCCAUGACUUCGUGACUAGAUGUCUCAUCAAGAACCCAACAGACCGGGCUGACCUGAAAAUGCUGAUGAACCACACGUUUAUCAAGCGCUCGGAGGUAGAGGAGGUGGACUUUGCUGGCUGGCUCUGUAAAACAAUGGGGCUGAACCAACCCAGCACUCCCACACGCACUGCAGACUAAACACACACACACACGCAUGCAGCGGCCUGAACAUGCAUACAGACUAAUGGACACACACAUAGACACACACACAUAUAUAUAUAUAUAUAUAUAUAUAU